ACCAAAACGAAUUGCUGACGUAAUACUAGAUCUAGCAAUUUCUCCCUCGAGCUCGCAGCGAAUUUCCGUAGCCGCCUCCGAAACCCUAAUCCCCAAAUCAACCAGCCCGAAGCCGCGGAAUCCGCCCGCACAUCGUCUGUCGGCAUGGCGAUCGCCCGCACCGGCGUGUACGUCGACGACUACCUGGAGUACUCAAGCACCUUGGCCGGCGACCUGCAGAGGAUCCUUUCCACUAUGCGCGAGCUCGACGACAGGGCACACGGCAUUAUGGGUCAGACCAAAGAGCAGAUCAAGUAUCUCCUGGGAGUAUCGUCCCAUGGGUAUGACAGGCCAAACAUGGAUGAUGAUGAAUCAGAGAGGAUGAAGAAGGAUAUUGAAGCUAGUCAGGACAAUGCUCUGAGUCUCUGCACCGAGAAAGUGUUGCUGGCACGUCAAGCUUAUGACCUGAUAGAGAGCCAUAUCAAACGUCUUGAUGAAGACCUGGGCCAGUUUGCAGAAGAUUUAAAGCAUGAAGGGAAGAUACCUCCAGACGAACCGCCAGUCCUUCCUCCAAUUCCGGUGGUUAGCAGGGAUGAGAAAAGGAGGCUUGGUUUUAGUACACCUCAAGCAUCAAAGAAAUUUAGAGAGAGGGAGUGGGACAGGGAAAGGGGUAUGGACUUUGAUUUAAUGCCCCCUCCAGGUAGCAGCAAGAAAGCAGGUACACCUAUGGAUGUAGAUCAAAUGAUUGAUCCAAAUGAACCGACGUAUUGUAUAUGCCACCAGGUUUCUUAUGGCGAUAUGAUUGCCUGUGACAAUGAGAAUUGUGAAGGAGGCGAAUGGUUUCAUUACACAUGUGUGGGUUUGACUCCAGAAACGAGAUUCAAGGGGAAAUGGUUUUGCCCGACAUGCAGGAAUCUUCAAUGAGGGUUUUCCUAAGUUGUAUGUUUGCUCAACAGCGGCAAGGAUGCAAAUGGUUCCUUAUGUGUUGGCCUGAGACCUGAAUUGGGACUGAAGGAGUGGUGAUGGUUUGGCCCAACAUGCAGGAUCUUCUACCCGAGGUUGUCCAAAGUUGGUAGGGUGCAAAACUUGUCACAACUUGGAGCUGUUGCUUAAAGUGAGCUUGACAUGGCCCAUGGGAGGCUUCUUCAUCUUUUUAGUAAUGUACAUGCUUGGCAGGGACGGGGAUUUUUCCUUGUUCAGAAUAACAUAUGGGAUCUAGAAAUGUUUGUAGUUGUGAUAAGAAACGCUGUGUUGUUCCUUGGUGCUGCUGACCACAUUGCAUCUUAGCAUCAUCGCAUUCGACAUCUGUUGGAAACUUACAAGGUUAAUGUUCGUAGUCCCUCGGUUUUCAGUUGUGAGCA